GAUAGGCGUGAUGGGUCUUUCCCAGGGUGGGGCCCAUAAUGAAAGGCAAUUGUAGAUUAACGGGUAAUAAGUAACUGGAGGAGGGCACUUUGUCUUCCAAUUACAUUCUGAUUUGCUAGGUGGCUUAAUGACAAGGUAAUUAAGAUGAAGGAAACAAUUCUAGGAGGCACAGCGUGGGGUGAACAGUCAGCUGUCGGUGGCUUCUGCUGAGAUGGCCACAGGACUCCAGGUUCCCCUGCCGUCGCUGGCCACAGGACUGCUGCUCCUCCUCAGUGUCCAGUCCUGGGCUGAGAGUGGAAAGGUGCUGGUGGUGCCCACUGAUGGCAGCCACUGGCUCAGCAUGCGGGAGGUCGUGCGGGAGCUCUAUGCCAGAGGCCACCAGGCAGUGGUCCUCACCCCGGAGGUGAAUAUGCACAUCAAAGAAGAGAACUUUUUCACACUGACAACCUAUGCCAUUCCAUGGACCCAGGAGGAAUUUGAUCGCGUUGUGCUGGGCCACACUCAAUGGUUCUUUGAAACAGAACAUCUUCUGAAGAGAUAUUCUAGAAGUACGGCAAUUAUGAACAAUAUAUCUUUGGUCUAUCAUAGGUCUUGUGUGGAGCUACUGCAUAAUGAGGCCCUGAUCAGGGACCUGAAUGCUACUUCCUUUGAUGUAGUUUUAACAGACCCCAUUUACCUCUGCGGGGUGGUGCUGGCUAAGUACCUGUCGAUUCCUACUGUGUUUUUUUUGAGGAACAUUCCAUGUGACUUAGACUUUAAGGGCACACAGUGUCCAAAUCCUUACUCCUAUAUUCCUAAGUUACUAACGACCAAUUCAGACCACAUGACAUUCCUGCAAAGGGUCAAGAACAUGCUCUACCCUCUGGCCCUGUCCUACCUUUGCCAUGCUGUUUCUGCUCCUUAUGCAAGCCUUGCCUCUGAGCUUUUUCAGAGAGAGGUGUCAGUGGUGGAUCUUGUCAGCUAUGCAUCCGUCUGGCUGUUCCGAGGGGACUUUGUGAUGGACUACCCCAGGCCGAUCAUGCCCAACAUGGUCUUCAUUGGGGGCAUCAACUGUGCCAACAGGAAGCCACUAUCUCAGGUCUGUAUUGGUGCCUUCAUCCAAUCAAUGUUCCAGGCAAAACACUUUUUAAAAAAUGUAUUUACUUACAAGUGCUUCCAUAUCUACUUAUCUUUCCAAAAAUUGUAUUUUUGCUUCUUUGUAACAGAUAAACUGUUGAGGGGCCUAGUGUAUUUCAAGUUUUCAGUGGUCACUGAGAGGAAGAAGAGGCACGGACGAGGGUCUGUCAGAGGAUGGACAAGGACUGCUGUGACUCAUGGACACUGUUUGUAA